AUGAAUAAUAAACCCGUUGAACAGGCCUUGGGGCACCUUUUGCCCACUCAUGCCAAUGACCUACCACCAGAACUUCUCAGUUUGGCCCUAUCUCUCGUCGCGCAAUCCCGAAGCUUUUCGACCAGCUUGAGACCCGAGGAAGAAAUCGCAAGACCCUAUGCCUGUGCCGAGAUUGCUUGCAAAAGGCUGAGCCGGACGCUCAAGUUACCUCCGCUACUCGGCCACCCACCAUGUCCUCCGCGAGCAUACAAGAAACUCUUUUCUUUCCUUGACCGAUCUCUAUCAACAAGUGUGAGUGGUACAAGUCGCACGGGAAGUGCCUCGGCUCCUGGGACACCAUCACGUUCAGCUUCUGGACCUUCAACCCCUACGAAAGAAUCAAGAACCACACGGACGCCAUCGAAAGCUGCAGCGACGCCGCGAGGUCUUCAGAAUACACCCAGUAAACCUACGCCGUUGAAGAGAACACUUAGUAGCACGCCAAAACCAGCAACCUCGAGUACUCCGCAGAAGGCUAGGAUUCGUUCCAAUGGCCUUUCGAGCUCUACAAUCAUCCCUGAUGCCCCGGCAUGGGCGAUGAGAUCAACCCGGGAAGUGUGCAAGACGCUAUCUACCCCUGCACCACGAACGAAUACAUGGUCCCGACCUCCUAUUUCCAAAACACUGCCACCGCAUAUAUUCGCGGGUGUGUCGUCUGUUCUGUAUUUCAUUUCGGCUUUCUCCAGCAAUGACGACGAGGAAAUGGACGAAGAGACACUGGAAUUUUUAGAGCCGGUCAUACUAGUCAAGGACAAGGAAAAGGACGAAGAUUUCAAGGAACUUAUCUACGCUCUAAUCGUGGCUAUUUAUUUCCUCGUUCUCGCUCGGCGACGAAACCCUUCCGAUGAGGCGGGACCUGAAUCGACUGCCGGUGAAACAAAGAAGAUGGACAAGAAAACGUUUUCCGAAAUGCGCCAGACAGCUCUAGCAAGCCUUGGUCUUUCCACGGAACGGAGACACCGUGACGAUGUCGACCAGUGGAUCGCUAUCAUAAUGGAACAGAAUUGGGCCCACGGCAAGGAGUGGUUUGAUAACAUUCCCCAAGCUGGAGAGCUGGAUGGCGAUGCUGCAUACUUGGCCGGCGAGGACAGUUACGGAGACGAUGGUAUUAACGAUGACACUGAGAACCCGACAAAGCGGCAGAGGAAGGGCCGUUCUCUUCUCUCCGGGGACCCUUCAAAAGGAGGCUUACUACCUGGCCUUGGGACAAUGAUGCAAGAUCGUGUGGACUGGUUGAGCGAGGACCGCCGAGAAGAUUAUAUUGAAUGGAAGGCAGAAAUUAUGACGCGGAUUCAGCAGAUGGAGAGAACAGGUCGGGUUGCCGCAUGA